UGAUGUCUUGACGGUCCUCUUAUUAGGACCCCAUAACUUGGUAUAUUGUUUAAUUUCUCACUGUUGUUAAAUCAAAACUGGACUUUCGCAAGUACCAGGUUCUUUGGUCAAGUCUGGAGUCUCUCCUGCAAACAAUGAGAUCUCUCACGUCACAAAAAUCUCAUAAUGAGAUGGAUGUCUUGCUGGUUCCUUGGAGAAAUGUUUUGGCAGUCAGUCAGUCAGUCUGUCUGUCUGUCAGCAGCUGAACUGUAGGUCAGUUUGGGAGUACAGUAUUAAUACGGGGUGAGCUGACCACGUGGCGCGCUCAAUGUUUUGCAAUUGGCUUCGAUUUGUUGCGUCCCAUGACGGGGCACAAUGGCAAGCCAUCGCCCCAGCUUUUAUACCGCCAACAAGCUACUGGGCAAUUCUUGUCUGUUGAUCUUUACAAAUCCAGUUUGAAGGUCAGGCCGCACUUCAGGAUGGUCAUCUAUGGAAGCGGCGCUGCCUACGCCGCUUGCACUGCUGGCUGAGCCUGGUAAACCUUAAAACUAAUAACUGGAGUCAAAAAUGAACUGGGGAACCUUUUAUGCCGUGAUUAGCGGCGUAAACAGGCACUCUACAGGCAUUGGACGCAUUUGGCUCUCGGUCAUCUUCAUCUUCCGUAUCCUGGUCUUGGUCGUUGCUGCUGAAAGCGUUUGGGGAGACGAGAAGUCUGGAUUCACCUGCAACACCCAACAGCCUGGCUGUGACAGUGUGUGUUACGACCAGUUCUUCCCCAUCUCACAUAUUCGCCUGUGGGCGCUCCAGCUAAUCCUCGUCUCCACCCCUGCUCUGCUGGUGGCCAUGCAUGUGGCCCACCGACGCCACAUUGACAAGAAGAUCCUGAAGAGGAAGGGCCAUGCAAGUCCCAAGGAUCUGGAACAGAUCAAGAACCAGAAGUUCCAGAUCACCGGAGCUCUGUGGUGGACAUACAUGAUCAGUAUCAUCUUCAGAAUCAUCUUAGAGGUUGCCUUUCUCUACAUCUUCUACUUGAUCUAUCCUGACUUUAAGAUGGUGCGCUUGGUGAAGUGUGACUCCUACCCCUGUCCUAACACAGUGGAUUGUUUUAUCUCCAGGCCGACAGAAAAAACAAUUUUUACUGUCUUUAUGUUGGCAGUCUCUGGGGUAUGUGUGCUGCUCAAUCUGGCCGAGGCGGUGUACCUCUUCUGCAGGUCCUGCAAGCAGUGCUGUGGAGGCACAGAGGAGUCUAAAGGUGAUAGGAUUACUCAAAUGUUGUCAUCUUACAGGCAAAAUGAAAUUAAUCAACUGAUAGCAGAUCAUUCAUUCAAGUCCAAGUUUACUGGGACCAAAAAACCAAAGUAAUGCAGUUGACUGGUGUUCUGCUUUCUGGAACAACGCUCUUGGUUACAACUAAUUCAGCAAAUCAACGACAUAUAUAAGCUAGGGUUGCCCUGAUACCACCUUUUUUUCCCCCAAAACCAAUAUGAGUAUUUUAUUUGUGUACUUAUUGAACCCGAGUACUGUUAGCACUGUACUGACACUUUAUGGUAUGCACUGAACUGGCUCUGUGGUUAAAGACACAACUGUUUCAGUUUGAAGAUAAAGGAGAAUAAUAUAUAUAAAAAGAAUGUUAAAUUGUCUGCAUAGACUGCAUGUUAACACAGGCAUUUGAACAGAAAGUGAGCAGAGCUUUUACACUCGUCGUCUUUGUCCCUAAUGUUAAAAUACCUCCAAAUUGUUAACAUUGUUGAUGUUCUUAAAUUGAUUAACCCCAAGGACAAUGAGACACGAACUGCAGUAGGAAAAUACAAAACAGAUGCAGCUGCUUAUAGUAAAAAUCUUUAACAGUAUUGUGUCGCUGGAUCAGCACACAUCUUGAGUAUUUGUAUGACAUAUGGGAACUUAUACCAAUAUUGUUAAUGGUAUCGGGGCAUCCCUAAUACAAACAUUUACACUUCUGUGUUAUGUACUGUAUAUUUGACUAUUAUCAAUUUCAACACUUAUUUAUUACAUUUAUUCCAUAAACACAAGUCUUUGUUGUUGAUAGAACUUGUCUCAAUUUAUUUAGGGCCAGUAGUGAAAGGUAAGAGAUUUGUUUUUGUUUUUCCUUUUGUAGCUGGUUUUCUACAAAUCAACAUCACUGUCGACCAUUUGCCCAACGUCGACUCAUUUUGCUGGCUUUUCUUUAAAGCAGCUUUUAUUACUUCCAUUUUUUACAAAUGCUGCCAAGGUGGGAUUGUUGCUUGAGCUAAACAAAUUACGGAUAUUAGGCCUGUGCUUUCAUUUAUUUGCGACAAACUUGUGUAACUGUUGUGUGACGGGUCACUUUAAUGUCUAAAGUUGACGAAACCCAGCAAGCAUGUUGUGUUUGCGUCCUGGUUUGACACUCAACAUCCCAGCCAGAAUAGCUGUGUUCACAGACAGCGGUAUGUGAAAAUAAAACCCAGAACAACAGGCAUAAAAGAUGUGAAAAGUGGAACUUGAAUAUUUGUCUUUCCAUUAUAAAUGUUGCUGUUUGGAAACUUAACUCCAGUUUGGGAUAUCAGUUUUUCAUCAGGGCAUGAAUCCAGUGUCCUAAUUUUUCAGAUUCCUCUGUCCAAUUUGGCUCAUAUUGAUGGUAACAUAACUCGACUUCAACCAAGCCAAACUGUGUUAAAGAUGAUUUCUAAUGUCUUUGUGGAUCAAUUUUUAGUUACAGAGUGAUUUUCUUUUUUAAACAAUGGGCAAAUGCCUGGAGCACAAAUGAGGGUAAACUGUGGAAAGUGCUCAGCAGUAAUAUUCAUUAUAAUAUAUUUCUGGUAAAUCAGACGAAAUUAUAAAAGACACUGGUUUGAAUAAAUGCUCGAUGGGAAAGCCGAGUUUUUGAUUGAGAUUAGAAAAAUGCUACUCUGUGUCUAAUUUAAUACAGGCUGCGGCUAAAGAUGGGAGAAACUAGCGCUUCUCCAAGCCAGUGGUUGGAUGUUUGGUAUUAUUGGAUCUUGUUCAAAAUAAAAACUGUGCAGAAAACUGCUACAGUAUGUCGGGCAUCGGAUCUGAAGAUGUUAAAAUCUUUAUUUUAUCCAUUUAGGCAAUUCAAUGUGAGCAAACAUGAGAAAUUUUAGUUUUUUUUUUCCCUCCCCUUUGCUUUUAGAAGCAGCUUCCAUUCAUGUAAUGUGUAACUUGCAUAUUUAAUUCAAAUAAUUGUGUCAGAUUGUUGUCCGGUGUAUGUUUAACCAAUGAUAACUAACCACUAAUCAUCAUU